CAUAAAAAAUAUGUCCACUUAAUUUUUGACAAACCAUUGAGAAUCUCAGAUUCCACCCUCCACCGGCUCGUUCUUCAGGAGAUGCUUCUUGUCCGCACGCAAAAGUCCAAACCCCCCUUCCAUCAUUUAUUGGGGAAAAAUAAAUAAAUUAGAAAAUCGUUAAGAGCGUGAAUUUUUGCCUAAAGUCUCCUAUAUUUUUGGGUUUUGCCUCUCCAUCCACCAUUUUCAAUUACCACACAAGACUGAACUGGUGUGCGUAUCAAUCAUGGAACCUGCAGUUUCCGUCACGAUCCUUCUUCUGUUUCUUCCUCUUCUCUUUCUACUGAUAUACAGGAGAUCUUUCAAAAGAAUACCCCCAGGUUCUUUAGGGAUACCUAUAAUUGGACAGAGCCUCGGUUUAUUAAGGGCCAUGAAGGCCAACACGGGUGAAGAGUGGUUUCGAGAAAGAGUAAGAAAAUACGGUCCCAUUUCAAAACUUAACCUUUUUGGGACUUCAACAGUUUUCCUCCAUGGCCCUGCUGCAAACAAAUUCAUUUACACUUGGAGUGAAAAACUACUGGCAAACAAGCAACCUGCAUCUAUCAGAAGAAUUAUGGGUGAGAAGAAUUUAUUGGAAUUAAGUGGAGAUGAUCACAAGCGCGUUAGAGCAGCACUUGUUUCUUUUUUGAAGCCAGAAACGUUGAAGCUAUAUGUUGGGAGGAUAGAUGAGGAGAUAAGAUUGCACCUCCACAACCAUUGGUAUGGCAACAAUGAAAUCAAGGUAAUGCCCCUUAUGAAGACGUUGACCUUCAAUGUAAUUUGUUCACUCUUAUUUGGAAUUGAGCGUGGACCAAGAAGAGACAUACUGGUAAAACUAUUUGAAAAUGCCAUCGAAGGAGCGCUAUCAGUGCCAAUAAAUUUGCCUUUUACAACCUUCAACAGAAGCCUAAAGGCAAGGGAGAAAAUUAAAAGCAUUAUCAUGGAUCUUAUACACGAGAAGAGGAAAAAAUUGGAGAUAAAUGGCAUUUCUUCUAAUGAAGAUCUCAUUAUGUCCUUGCUUAGCAUGAAAGACCAAUCUAGCAAUUCGCCUGUGCUGUCGGACGAAGAAAUCGUGGACAACAUUGUUGUUGUAAUGAUUGCAGGCCAUGACACAACUUCCGUUCUCCUUACUUUCUUGAUCAAGCUUUUGGCAGAAGACCAAACUGUUUAUAAAUAUGUCCUUAAAGAGCAAGAGGAGAUAUCAAAGGGAAAGGCACUUGAGGAGCUUCUGUCAUGGGAUGAUCUAGCCAAGAUGAAGUACACAUGGAAAGUAGCAACCGAGUCACUAAGGAUGAAUCCGCCAGUGUUAUUUACCUUUAGGACAGUGCUCCAAGAUAUUGAAUAUGGAGAGUAUAUAAUUCCUAAAGGAUGGCAGGUGAUUUGGGCUUCAUGCAUGACACACAUGGACGAAAACAUCUACCCAGAACCGUCGAAAUUUGACCCUUUGCGCUUAGAAAGCCAAGCAACAAAACCUCCACCUUAUAGCUUUAUGGCAUUUGGAGGGGGACCAAGAAUGUGUCCUGGCUAUGAAUUUGUAAGAAUUGAAACUCUGACAAUGAUACAUAACUUGGUAAAUGCAUUUACAUGGAAGCUUUCUUUGAAAGAUAAUAUCUUCGGCAGAAACCCCAUGCCAGUGUUCAAUCAAGGAUUACCUAUACAGAUUGAGCUUAAGAAGUCCAGUGCUGAAAUGUAAAAUGUAAAUUGAUCUUCUUAUGUUGGUGGGAUUAGCUCAUUUUUCUUGUCUUCAACUCCUACUUUUGAUUUCUAACGUUGAGAUGUCUAAGAUCAAAAGAGCGAGGGGAAGAAUAUACGAGGAGUCUAUUUAAUACUAGAACAAUAGCAUGUAAAUCACUUGGUUAAAAAUAAAUCCUUCUACAUUUGCCAA